GCCUAUCACAUUACAUGUGAAGGGACUUUCGAGGAGACGGUUAAAUGUGCUUGCGCGUGUUGAUUUUGUUUGACUUUCUGACACAAGUACAGUGUGGAUUUGUCUCUGAAACCAAUUUAUUUUUUUAUUAUUUUUUUUCAUACUCUAUCGCUGUUUCCGCUCUCUUUUGGCCGUGGGUCUAUACAGACUGCAAACUAUUCUCUGACUAACAGUGAAAGGUUUCACUUUCGGACCUGCAGAAAAUCGCAGUAGGCCUACACAAAGCUGACAUGAAGCGGCAGGAAUCCAAACAAAAAAAUUGAGUAUGCUACAUUGUAUGCAAUUGGGUCCUAUGAGAAAAAAAAAAUGUCAAUGCCAAAUAAAAUUUUUUGGUAGCCUACCACAGAAUAAAGAGGAUGUUUGACAAAGCAACAAAGAAACUGGUCCGACAGAUUGAUCCUAACGGUUCCCUGAUUGCGGCUUCCAGCCUAAAUGAUUCCGGAAAACUCCAGCCGCUUGCGGUGGUCCAGAAAACCCACAAAGCCUGGUUCUGGCAGCAAACUAAAUACAAACCCACAGGAUUCAAACUCAAUGACCUGCUGGAAGGGGAUCCAAUUAAACCAGUGUGUGAGGAGAAAGAGAUUGCAUCGAUUGAGGGAGAGUACAACAACUCUAUAACUGGAUCCGGAGAGGUGGGAGGUUCUGCUGCCUGCCUAAAAGCGAAUGGAGAGGGCUCAUCGAAACUUAGUUUAUCCCUCAUGAAACUUAAGAAGGAAUAUGUGGAUAUUCCCGCUCUUCUGAAGCUCACUAGAGGAAGGAGGUUGGACCUCAAAAGCUCUUUUUUCAAGCAUUCCCUCCCAAAAAACAUGGCUUUUACCCUCCUUAAAGAGCGAAUUUUCACCACCCACGACUGCUCCAUCUCUCAUGCUGGACUGGAGAAGGCCAGCUGCCAAGCAUCGGCCGAUUUUGUUCAGGUGUACGCGAAAGACCGUUUUGAAAUUCAGUCUGGCUCUAAGACUGCAUUACACAUCCCACCGGAGACUGUGAUGGCUUACAGUGUCAUUGAAAUGAGCAUCGAAAGUGACGGCUAUUUUGAUCUGGACAUUCUGAAUUUGGCAUCAGAUGACAUUUCCGAGAAUCCCAAUCCCACUUUCUCAGAGGUGGAUGGUCAAUGGCCACAGAUGCAGGAAGGUUUCCCACUUACUACUCUAAAAAACGCACUUGCUGAUGUUCAGACUAGGUUUUUGGCACUGGCUGACUUGUCUGCUGAAAGCCGUUCCUCCAUCCUUCUCCUGUUGAGGAAAAUUCUGAUGGACCGAUCUGUCUUGUCAGCUUUGGUGGAUAGACUUGAGGAGUUACGCAGCGGUGAAGAUCCGUGCUUCUUAAACAACGAGUCUGAAAAACAGAGCCCGAUCAUUGAUGAAUUUGUAGACUUACUGAAAGGCAAAAAACUUGGCAAAAGUGGACUUACCACAUCAACGUCAUUGUCCAGUUACAAUGGAUGUGAGAUAUCAACAGCCAAUCACAGUGAUCCACUUGUGGCACCUGAGUUAAAUGGAUCAAGCCCCAUACCAAAAGAACAGUGUGGCUGUGACAUGGCUGUAUCACAUCAGAACGAAUGCUCAACAGAAGCAAGCAGGGAGAGCAUGGAGCGUAUCAGUGUUAUGGAAAUGCUGAUCAAUGCUCUUGAGGAACUCACCGAUGCUGGACUGGACCUGCUAGAGCAGUUCUGCACGUCUGAAGCUCUCCAAAGUCUACAGGAUUUAGUUAUUCAUCUGACUACAAGAGAUAUGCCUAUCUACAAAGACUCCAUGCCUGUUUUCCUCCAAAGUGACGACGAAUUCAACAGAGUAGAAGAACUUUUUAAGUCAUGCAAUGUUUUACUAAAGAAAGAGAAUGACACAUUAACCACAGAAAUUACCUGUAAAGAGGGCUUCCUCCCAAUGGUUCUGUGCGUUGCCAUACAUGGCCUUGCAUCCUUUGUUGCUGCGCAACCGUGUUAGCACUUAAAUAGACUGUUAAAAAGUCAUUUUAAAAUGUUUUUCCAAUUAUAAAGACAUGUUAGUUCAUGCAGCAAUUGCUUGCUUUAGUUUGAAUGUUCCUUUGUGCAGACAUUUGCUUGCUUAUUAAUAUUUUGCACAAAUUCUAUCUUUGUUAAUUCCAUAAGAGUAAUCCAUAUAAUUGUAAUAGAUCUCCAUCAAGGUGCCAUUACUCAGAUUUAUACAGUUUUUAAAUAGCUCUGCAAAAAAGUUAUUAAUACAAACCUUCAUUUUCCAGAUAAUUUUAGUUAUUUUCCAAAACUAAAAUACACUUUUAUUUCAUUACAGUGAAACUGUAGUAAAUCCUAAUUUAAAAACCUUUAUAACCUUUAUCUCUGAUGAUUUAAAGAUGAAAGUUUAAAAUAAAAUUUUUUAUUGCAAUAUUUUGUAUAAUAAUUAUGUUUAUUUUGAGUUACUGUAAAUGCAUAAUUUUGACAGAUUUUUAAAUAUUAAUGUUUAUCACUGCACUUGAGCUUGAAUUUUUUACUUAUGUAAAACAUAUGAUAUUAUGCAAAUACAUUCAUUGUUGUGCAUCUCUCUGCACAUAAGGAGUGGAUGCCAAAAACUUUGGUUGAUGAUUUCAUCAUGCACUUGUAUUAUUAUUUAAUGAAAAAGAGGAACAAAAAUAAUUUUGUUUUGUGUUUAUUGUCUUUUUGUAAUGGACUUGUUGCCAUAGUCACAUAAAUUAAUCUGGCAGAGAGAUCAUGAAAUUGUGCUACAAAAUUUGAAAAGACAUUCAGGAAAGAAGUUACAACAAGUUACAACAAGAAAAAGACUAUUUGUUUGGUUCUUUAACGGACUGAGGAUAAUAAGACACAGACACAACAUGCAGCCCAACGUUGUACAACAGACAAAAUUAGUGUAUGAAAUAGUACAAAAAACCCCCACUAUAAAUAAAACAAACUGCACACAUUGAUAUGGACUUUUGCAUAAAAGGAAUUGAAUGCAUCUCUGUUGGAUAUGAAGAAAAGCAAAUAAACAGUUAAGAGAUCUGCGUCUAUGUAAA